AAAUGCCACUUUUGUUAUUUUUAAUAAGACUUUAUUAUAUUCUUAUUACGAUAAUAAUAUUUAUUUUUUCAUUAAUCGGAUAUCUUCGAAAUUUAAUCAAAGUAUAUGGAAAAUUAGAAGAUACAAUAUCAAUAUCCAAUAAAACAUGGAUAAAUUUAUUAUCAGUACCAAAAUAUUAUUUUAAAUAUUUUUAUAUUACAGGAUUUUUAUGGAUAACAAGUAUUAUAAUUGAAGUGAUUUUAUUAAAAAAUAAUUUUAAUGGAAUAUUUUCAAUAUUUAUUCAUUUAUUUGAAAAUGAUGAUGAUAAUGAUGAUAAAGAAAUUUAUAAAGAAUAUUAUGGAAAACAAUCUUUAGAAGAUUGUAUUUUAGCUUUAUUUAUGAUGGAAAUUCAAGUGAUUCGUAGAGCUUUUGAAUGUUUUUUUAUAGAAAAACCUUCAUUAAAUUCUAAAAUGCUUAUAACUCAUCAUAUUAUUGGAAUCACUUAUUAUAUUGCGACAGGAUUAGCAGUGAUUAUCGAAGGACUUUGGAAUUUAGGUGUCUUUAAUAAAGGCCAAUUCACCUUUUUCCCGUCAUUUUCCAAUUUUUUAAAAUGGAAUACGAUAGGCGCGGUAAUAUUUUUCAUUUAUGCGUCAUAUCAUCAACAUGUUUUGCACAGGCGUUUAGCUUCUCUUCGCCAAACGACGCCCACACCAAAACCAACAACAACAACAGCAACUACUUCAACACUUACCAAAAGUUCAAUUUAUUUAAUUCCAAAAGGAGAUUGGUUUGAUUAUAUUUCAUCGGCUCAUUAUUUUGCGGAAAUAUUAAUUUAUUUUAGUUUUGUUAUAUUAACUAAAGGAAUGAAUUUAACAAUUUGGUUAAUAUUAAUUUGGACCAUUAUUGGUUUAGGUAUAAUGGCAAGAGAAAAUGAAUUUUGGGGAAGAGAAAGAUUUGGAGAGAAAUGGCCUAAAAGAUGGAUAAUUAUUCCGUUCGUACAUUAAAAAAAAAAAAAAAAA